AUGGAGAUCAAGGAGCUCAAAGAGCUUAAGUGGCCUCCCAGAAUGCAAUCAUUACCUGAAAAUAGAGACAGAACCAAGUACUGUGACUUCCACCGGGACCAGGGACAUAACACCGAGGGUUGUUUGGCUCUAAAGCAACAAAUUGAGGCUCUCAUUAGGAGGGGUUUUUUGGGCUCUUAUACUAGCCAUGAAAAAUGCCCGAGGAACAAGCAGAACAACAUACAGGAAGGGCGUGGCAGUGAACCACCAAUGCCAGGCACUAUUAACGUUAUUAUCGAAGUACCAGCUUCAGGAGGAGACACUAACAAUGGACUCAUAUCAGCUAUCAUAGCUAACUUUGAGGUCAAGAGGAUUCUUGUGGAUAACGGAAGUGCAGCUAAUGUACUGUCUCAUAAAGCUUUUGUUCUGAUGGGUAUCUCAGUAGAACAACUCAAGCCUGUUAAAACAACCCUCCAAGUAUUUGGUGGCGGGGUCAUUGCCCUUGAAGGUAUUAUUGGAUUACCCAUGACUUUGGGAUCUGAAGGUCGGCAGGUAACCUAUAUCAUAACUUUCAAAGUUGUCCGAACUCCGAUGGCCUACAACACCAUUCUGGGAAGACCAUUGCUAAAUAAAAUCAGAGCUGUUAUCUCAACUUUUCACCUGGCGAUGAAGUUCCCCACAUAUAGUGGAGUUGGAGUCGUCCGAGGAAGCCAAACCAUAGCACGCCAGUGCUAUGUGACUAGUUUCUAA